GUCUUCUCCCCGAACGAGACGUCCGUGGGGAGACAGAAGCCGCUUUAUGGGCACCGAGCUACCUGCUCACAGCAGCGGCGGGUAUCCGCUGCGGCUGCCUGCGUGCUGCAUCCGCCGUGCCCGGCCCGGCUGCUGGGCUGCAUGGGGCCGGCGUGACUCAGAGGCUCCCGGCCGCAGCCCUGUGGGGCCGCUGCCCUGCCCCGGCGGCAGGGGAAGGCAGGAAGGUGCGAGGGACGUUUGCUGACCUUUGUCGACGGGAGUGUUUGAAAACUAAAUGUGACGUUACCAUCCUCGUCGUUCACUUUUCUUGGUAGCUGUGCUUGAUUAAAGCUAUAAGUUGGUUAGGGUAAUGUCAAACAAGGGUGCCGUGGGUUGCUUCCCUGUGUUUUUUCCUCGGUAAAUUUGAUCACUUGUUCGUGACUGAGACUGGGGUAAAAACGAGCCUUAGGAUCUGCUGUUUUCUACGACCUCGCAACAGCCUGCCUAAAGUUUGCUAUAUGUAAUGAGUGUAUUUAUGCCGCUUGCUGCAAGGGGGAGCUUCUUCCUUUUGCUCGUUUGGAUUUAAUACAGAUAUUUUUCAGAUCUUCUACGAAGACAAGGCUUUCCCACUGCUUUGAGAAGGUAAAACCCUUAGCAGUGUGUUGUUACAGUAGUCCAAGCCAAGGCUCCGUUACAUAAGCAGCUGUACCACAAUAAAAAGGAUCGUUCUCUUAUGCCUGUGAUGAGACCGGCAUAGAAACAUUGCUUUCUGUAGGGGGUGGGAAGACACUUCUUUACCUUAUGGCGAAAGGUAGCUAAAACUGUUUGCAGACUCUAUUUCAGGCAGGCAGAACUUCCUAAUUGUGUUUUCAGCAAUGAAGGUCAUUAGCACCCUGGGUAACGUGCUUGCUGUUUGACACCUGUCCUCGUCUGAAACUACGUAUUGUCAAGCUUGCAAUUUGCCUUCAAUGAUAGUAGUUACGUUCUGCCAAUUAUGACUGAAUCAGCUUAAAGAGCAGCAUUUAUUAACACGCAGGGCAUGUCUAAUUAGCGCAAUACAGCAUCAUUUUGGAGAUCUCUGCAUGUUCUAUACUGUGGCUCACUUAUGGUAAACAGGAGAGGAGUGCAGGUGCUGCCUUGUUCUCUGUGGUGUUUAGCUUAACGUGGCUGCUCCAAACUCCCCUUGUUGCAUAGUUUACAGUUCUACAGUUACUUUCUUUGGCUCGGGGUCUGCAUGCUGUGCAGUGCCAUGGUAGAAUAAACACUAAAAGUGCCCCUGGGGGUUAAACUGCAUACCACACAUCGGGCAACGUCUUCCAUAAAAGGACUAUGCAUGGCACAGUUGUACGUGGUGAUGAAACAGUUUAUUAAUGAUUGACAAACAAAACUGUUUUGGAAUGAUUUUUCUUCCCCCCCCCCCCUUCUUUAAAAAGAGCGUGCAGCAAGUGGAUGAGGUAGUUAAUAUUGAGCUGACGGAUGGCAUUUGUGAUUGAUUGUCCUGAUGUUGGCUGUGUGCAUCUUUGUGGAUGAUCCGAAGUGUUCUUCUUAAAUCUCUUACUGGCUUACGAGAUAGUUUCCAUAUUGCACAAGUCAACUGUGCAGCAAAAACUUCAUCUUACUUUGUUAGGCCUGACGUGGUUAGACAUGAGAAGUGUUCUCGUGUUGUUGUGCAGCAUAUGGGUUUCAUUUCUUACCCCGGAGCUGACUGAGCUGCUGCCUUAAAGAUAUCCUUAUGUUAAUUCUGCGCUUCCCUGGUUCUGAUUAAAACGGGUCUAAAGGUUAUUAGGACUUAAAUUGGUAGCCUGUAAAGGCAGAACGUCAGACUUCUGUGCUUGUCGCAGCGAUGGCAGAGGAUAAAAUGCUCAGCCAUGCUGCUAGGCAGGAAUUCUGUGCUUCUGUGAAUCCGUGUCACUGAUACAAGUCAGCUUCUGUGGCAGUGCAUGCUCUUCUCAACGUAGGAGCAGCAGGUCCUGAGAAGGUGCAUAUUCCCUUUCAAAGAGACAGGGAACUGGUCGAUACACAUUUGAAGGUGCUUUUUCCUUUUCUAUAGAUGUAUUCAAACAUGCCCUCAAACAACGCAUUGGAGUAGCAUUUUCUUGUUUCUUGGAAUCUGGGCUUCCUUUUAAAGGAGUUCUAAGAUAAGUUAAUGGAUUACUGGCUUUCUGAUGCCUCAAAUGAAGUCUUUCAUGCUUGAGUUGAAGCCCAGUUUGUUAGGUGAACAACUUCUUAUUUUUUUCUAACAUGGGAGUUAAUUCAGAUUGUAAAUUAAUCCAGAAAACUUCAGAAUGUGGUGGAGUUUUUUUCCCUUUCGUCUAAACGUAAUUACUGCUAUAUAUAUAUAUAUAUAUAUAUAUAUAUAUAUAUAUUUGACAUGACUUAAUGUAUUGAUUAAUUGCUUUUGGGACGUGAAAAAGAAGAAAGCAGGGCUUAAGUGACGUGACUGUGCUGAGGUAAACAGAGGUAAAUAUUGGGAGUCUUUGCUUAAAUGGAGUGAAGCAGUGCAUUGAUAUGAAUGUGACCUGGCUAGCUGGCUCAGUAGGGUGAGGAAGAACGGCCUGAAGUUGAUAACAGAAAAGCUGUUCUAUCCCAGGGUUGGUUCCCAGUCUGCAGUCAUAAUCAAAUUUGUCAUGAGACUCAGACGUCAUCCCUUUGUGUGCUGUUCUGUCGCAGUGCGUUGCUUGGGGCCAGAGAACAGUCAACAUUUCUGAUGGUGCUGGUCUAGGGUCUGCCUUGGUGUGUGCUCUUUGGAGUGUGAGUGAUUCUGCUUGAGCCGCUGUGAAGUGGCGUGUAUUGCUGGAGUCCUGUGAGUCUUAGUGCGCAGGAUGUGUCAAUAUUUGUGGAGGUACCCAACCCCAAUUAGCAAAUAGGCUUAUAGUCAGCACGGCUCUUGUGAGCAGCGCUGCGCAGCAAUGAGCUCUGAAGAAGAAAAAAAAUCACACAUAUGCCAAAAAAAAAAAAAGAAAACCAACCCAAAACAAAACCCCCCACACUGAAAGCCUUUAAGUGGCUGGGGUUUGCUUCAACUUCUUAGAAUAUGCAAAUAUUUAAAAGCAGUCCUGGCUUACACAGCGUAUUGUAAAUAUUUUGACAGAGUUGGAAACCUGUGUCUUGGAGUGUUUGGUUUUGGGCCAGCGCAUGUUGUUAACCUCUUUUUUUUACUCUGCUUUAAGUUAAGAAUUCCAAGGCAUCUACAGACCAAACAUCUUAGACGCUUGGCCUCUUAUCAUGUGCUCUGGACUAGUGACGGGUAAACCUGACUACAGUAAAACGGCACCAAUGGAGAGCGUAAGAGCAGUCUGCCAACUUAUACUAAUAAAUAUGUUUCAAACAGUUCUGCUGAGACUGAAAAGGCUAUUUUUUGUUAUCUUGGCAGUCUUAAACGCUCCAACUGCGUUGCACCUAUUCUCAGGGCAUCUAUAAAGUGUAUCACUGUGUAUCUUAAAUAUCUUGUCAUUGUGAUUUCAGUAUCACACAGCUGUGAUUUCCUUGCAAGCUGGUAGGUUCUGAUUAGAAAGUUGUGAGUUGUUUAAUAAUACUAAAAUGGGUUGAAUGUGGUGUUCCUUUUAAUCUUCAUUGUGAAGUAUCCUUCUGCAGAAACGUGAUACUGUCUCAUCACAAUGGUUGUUUCAUACAGAAGUAACAUAAGUAGGACUUUCAAAUCUGCUUUUUUAUGUUGAUAAAUGAAUCUUUUCUGCAUAUCAGACUGAUACCUUGCUGUCUGGUGCUUGUUACAACAGAAGAUACGAACUAGCAGAGCUCUGAGAGCAGCAUCUCAACUUCUGCUUUUGAAACAUAGCCAGCAUGUCUGGUUUCUAGAAACAACAUCCAGUUUACACAUAAAUUCUUUCUUAGCAUAGUAAUAGUAGGCGAGCACUGAAAUAAGAAUUGAAAUAAGAAUUGUGUGUACUUAAUAGAACUGCACUACGCUGCCACGCUUGUUAUUGUAUUUCUGACUUUAUGUAUAAAAACAAAAGGGGACGAGUGGGAAAUCCCAAAUGCAUCAGCCUUAAUUGGUAAUGUGAAGUACAGAUUUCAGUAGAGGUUCCGCUAUGAGUCAGAGGACAGAUGGACACCUCUUUAGUUUUACUUAUGCCUCUGAUCCUCUCCCCGAGUAGAGGUUUUCUUGGCACAUUCACAGAUGCUGCUGGAUGGACCUGCUGAAUGGAAAAGCAGUUUUCUUCUUAACAGAAAUAAUAAAUCUAUAACAAGUUUAGACUUAUAAAGAGAAUUCUUAGUAUUUAAUGAGGACAUAUGAUUAUACAACAUCAACUCGCAGGCACACUUACUUUAACAUUUGCUAAUAGAUGUUUUAAAAAGCAUUUUCCCGAACUAUUAAUGUUUUCUCUCUCCUAUAAUAGUUACAGAUAAAAGCUUCAAAACUUCUAGUUUUCCCAGAGAUAACUUAGACAAUCUAAGCCAUCUAAUGUCUGAUCAGCAUACAGUUGUGCUUAAUUUGAAGGAACCCCUGCACAGCUUGGAAAAGCUCCCGGCUGGACAUGACUGAGUGGAAUUUUUCCUGAACCCUCGCUGGGCUGAAGUGGCAGUUCCAUUCCGAAACGUGAGCACUCUGGUUUACCUGUGAGAACUGAAGCUGGAUAUCCACUUGCUUUAAACAAGCUUUCUUUAAUUUUUUGCCUGUUAGGAGAGAUCUUCGAUAUAGGGAAUGCUGUUGGACUUGUGUCAUUCAGUUACAGUGAGAAAUAAAUCAAGUGGUUAGCUGUUUCUCUUCUGGGCAAUUAAAUUCUUAGGAACUCUCGUGCCCGCAGCUGGGAGUGUUGCCAUCUCUUCGAUUAUUUAUUUGUAUUGGCCCACUGUUAUGGUAGGCCACUAGCAUUUCCACUGAACUUACAUCAAGUCGAGUAUGUUCUACUGCCAUCGUGUUUUCCAUGAGCAGGUUUUCUGCCCUCCAGGGAACUUUUAGGGCUGUGAGUCAUUCUUGCUUUGUCGUCUUUUGUAAAGACUAUUUCAGCUGAGAGUAGGAACAACCAGCCUGUGUGGAUUAAGCGUGAUCAACCAGUAACCUAUGGUUCAAGGGUGCCGCUUUCCAGAGCUACUUUUGUGCUCUCUUAGUGAAUCCAGCCCUAAAUGGAAACUCUCUUCUGUUACUGCACCACUGGUGGCCUAGCAAUGGUUGAGAUGCCAGUUGUGUUGCAUCAGAAAUUAUACCUUUUGAUAUAGUGGAUGUUAAUGAUUGUGUUUGGAGGUACGGGCCUGUGCACACAUGCGCAUCCCUGUGUACGUGAGCACAUGUAAUGAGAUAUCAGUCACUUGGGAAGUAAUGCCUCCUAUUUAUUUCCAUGGAAACUACAUUGGAUACAGAGAGCACAAUAAUGCUAUUUGGUAGAGCAGAUUUUCAGCUACAAAACACUGCUUUUUCAACAUAAUCACCACUAUUAGUUGAUUCACACGAAUGAGCUGAUCGAGAUGCUCUUCAUUUUGUGGUGUGACAGCUGCGCGCGGCCAUCUGGAACAUGACUUGUCUUUCCCAUUGCUGUCACCACUGCUGAAAUGCACCACCCACUGCCUCAGUGUGCUCACAGCCACUGUUUGGUUUCCAUAAAUGUUCACCAAGCAUUGAUGAGUGUCGGUGGGUGCCAUUUUUUCUUAGUGGAGGAAUUCAGUGACACCUUUUUGCUUCAUCUGCGCUUCCAUGUCAGAUGUCAUUGUGUCAGACUGCCCCUCUGCUGCCAUCUGUCACCCAGCAACAACACGUAAGGGAGUAUUGGUGGGAAGGCUCAACCUCUGCUGCCAUACCACCGACAGCCACCUCUGACAUUGUUGGCCAACAUCAUAAAAUGGGAGGCAUUACUUUUGGAUCUCACAUUAUCUACAGAAUAGAUAACUAUCUGUGACGUCAGAAUGAAUUUUCUUUUCCUUCAGUGUUUUUUCCUCAUCUUCUUUUCUUGUGAGUUUGGAAAUAUCCUCAGGAACGUGUUUUGGGGAUGGCUUUAUUGAGUAGGCGCUUCAGAACCUCUGGGUCACAACGUUGGCAUUCUGUGGAAAUCUAAUGAGAUGAUCUUUCAUACAAACUCCACGGCUGUUAUCCUGCUGUCUGUAGCUACCUUUUCUUCUUGCUGUGGCUUUGGGUACAGCUAUUAGAAAAUCAUGGUGAUUCUCUGGUAGUUUUACUUUAUCAGAUUGCCAGUUUUGACUCUUCUCAGUUGAUGCUGGAAGCGAUCUGAUUCAACUCAGGUUUGUUGCGUAAGUAGUCUUUCAGCUCUGUUGCUUCUCUUCUGCAAGACAGAAGUGUGUGGAGUUCCUUCAUGUUAGAUGCAGUGUGCCAUUUGAGGUGAGGCACUGUCUCCUGGAAUGUCUGUAAAUUCCAGGCAAGUUGUAGAGUUGAGAAGGUGGGACGCCAAGGGACCAAAGGACACCAUAGUAGUGCAGCAUAUCCCCUUUGCAUGGCGGUAGACUACUUUGCAUUCAUUGUAACCACUCAUUCACAUUUCAGUCAUGUGAUGUGUACUGUGGGGCUUUAGAGAUAGUAGAUGGGCUGGGCUUAACAUUGCCAAGUGCAAAAACGUCGCUUUUCUCAAUAGCUUGUGUGCCUCCCACUUUCACAUAAACAGUGCAAAUAAAUACCUUCCUGCUUUCCAGGGUGUCAGACUUUUUCAAGAGUUGUUUGUUGUUUCUUAUUUUUUUUUAAUUUUAUUUCCUGUGUUGAAGAUGUUCUUGCUUAUUCCUCGUGUUAGUGUGGUGUUUUGUAACUUGUUAAGCUAGCUCAGAAACUUGUUGCCUCUUCUACUUGCUGUGUCAACCCAAGUGACUUGAAAACAAAUGACAGCCUGUGCUGCUACCAGAACGGGAAAUUGAGUUCUUUCCCUGGGGCCCAGCUGUUUGUUCUUGCUACGUGCUCAAUUUUGGCACUAUUUAUCUGGCUGUGCUGUGACCUGAGUUGGUUCCCCCAUCCAGCAAGAAACUUUUAUUUUUGGCAGAGUUGUUUUCAGCUGAGUGAAGCUUGGCUUCCUGAAUAGAACUGGUGGCAUGGGGGUGGGUCAGGAGGAGUGUCCGAGAACAUGGGAGAAGACCUGAUCAGCCUUUGUUAGCAGAACAAAUGUAUGCUAUAGCAAAGUAGUCAGGUUAGGACUGAGCUAAGCAGUGCAGUGAAUAACUUGUAUAAAGUUAAGCUGUAAAGUGAAUGUUAGGCAUAAACAAUUUUGUUGUGUAAAUGUUUUUAUAGUCUCUUGUAUGCCAAAGAUGGUCAGGAUUUAAUAAAGAGUCUUCAUAAGUGCAACAGUAUAGCUCAUCAUAGGGAGCUGAAGCUGUGCUGCAAGAGCUGCAGUGACACAGCUAAGAUUGAACACUUACCUAGAGGCUGUAACCUUGAACUACUUAUAGGUAAGGAAAUUGAAGACUUCUUUAAACUUAGGCUUCUUGAUCAUCAUAGAAUCAUAGAAUGGCCUGGGUUGAAAAGGACCACAAUGAUCAUUGAGUUUCAACCCCCCUGCUAUGUGCAGGGUCACCAACCACCAGACCAGGCUGCCCAGAGCCACAUCCAGCCUGGCCUUCAAUGCCUCCAGGGAUGGGGCAUCCACAGCCUCCUUGGGCAACCUGUUCCAGUGCGUCACCACCCCCUGAGUGAAAAACUUCCUCCUAAUAUCUAACCUAAACCUCCCCUGUCUCAGUUUGAAACCAUUCCCCCUUGUCCUAUCACUGUCCACCCUCGUAAACAGCCAUUCUCUCUCCUGUUUAUGUGCUACCUUUAAAUAUUGGAAGGCCACAAUGAGGUCUCCCCGGAGCCUUCUCUUCUCCAAGCUAUACAAGCCCAGUUCCCUCAACCUUUCCUUGUAGGAGAGGUGCUCCAGCACUCUGAUCAUCUUAGUGGCCCUCCUCUAGACCCGCUCCAUGUAGAUGUUUUAACCAACUUUAAAUGCAUACCCAAAUAAGUAAUGUGAAUUCAGGAUAAUUUUCAAAGUAAACUUGAAGGUGAGCUUGCUUUUUCUGGAAAUUUAGCUUCAAAUGUUUUGUUUUAGCAUCCCUGCUGUAGGCAUCCUCCUGCCUUGAGUAGGGGGGUGAACCAGAUGACCUGCAGAUGUCCCUUCCCAAUUCAGCUGUUCAGUGAUUCUGUGAUUUUUUUUUCCAAGUGAAAGGACAAGAAGGUGGGAUUAAAUCCUUUUUGAACUGAAAUGCCUUCUGAAUUUAAAGGAGCCAAAAGUCUUCCCUUUUUGACUUCUAAAAUAUUCAAUUGUGAGUAACUUUAAAGGAAUGUAAAUGUGUAAAUGUGCUAAAUAAUUCUUGUAAAUUCCUAGCAGAAGGUUUAAGCUGCUCUGUUAACAAUUUAUCAUUAAAUCAAGAUUUGAAGAGCAAACUUUCUGGUUUAAAUUCUAUCUCAGUAUUUAAUUUUCAAAAUGGAGUCAUUCUUAUGGGAAGAAUCAAGUGGUUUUGAAACGUCAUUUUAGAAACGUCAGGAAAAAUGUAGGUGCACACAAAACCCCCUCAGCUCUCUUAUUUCUUAGACUCUUCCCUGCCUUAUUGUGGUCUCUGUAAUUCUUUUUCCCUCCCACGAAAAGUAAUUGAGUAGAAUUCAUUGGAUCCUCCUGUUACCUUUGUUCUAUGAUACUGCCCCAUCUGUUUUCUUAGCUAUUCCCAGCAAUGUGCUGUUCCACAUAAUGAAUUUUGUUGUUGUUUUUAAACAAGUGCACAGAUUGGCUUUCGGGGAGUAUCCUUCAGAGGAAGCAGGGAGAGCAGUGUUGGCAGACACCUUGUUCCUUUCUUUAAUUGUGCUCUACGCUGUGAAAGAUGAAAGUUCAUUCAGCAGAUACCAUGAAAGUCUUGUCUGUUUCUUGUUAUUUAUGUUCCUAAGCACGCGUUUGAGGAGACAAAAGACAAUCAGUAUAAAGGAUCUGUAUGCAAAUCUUAAAAUUGUUUAGAAUUUGGCUAAUAAAUCCUUUGGAUAAAGUAGCAUAUGAGCAGCUGCUUCUGCUUAAGCUUGUGAUAUUCCAGUAUUGGAGAACAAUGUGUAUAUAGUCUGCAUCUAAUUACUGUAUUUUUAGCAGUUGGUUUAGAUCAGGCUAUUGCAUAGUUUCUAGUCGUAUUUAAGUCGCAUGAGUUGUAUGAGUAUCACGAGUAAAAUCUGUGGAGUGCAGUUUCAAUGGUUAUUGAGUCAGGAACAGCUCUGAUACAGUAAUUGAUAUAUGUGAAUGUAUAAAACAAAUCUUUCUUUAUGAAUUUUUUGUCAGUGUAAGGUGACCCAUAGCUUCUUUGCUAUUGACUUUAAUCUGUCUAUUAAAGCAGGGAGUAGCUUCACUUUCUGUAAGAGUAGAGUUUAGUGGCUUUCUUUCAACUAGCCCUGUAGAAAAACUAAAACUACAGCUGGAAGUCUUUGAUCCUUUUCUGCCUUCUUUCUUGCAAACGAAGCUUUAUGGGAGAUAAAUGUGCUUCUACAUGUUAAUAGGUAUUGUAGAAACGUUUGUGUAAUCACAAACUGUGCUAAAUUUAGCAUGCAAUGUCUACCAAUUUAUUGCUCAAAAGAAUUACUUUUUUUUUAGCAAGACUUUUAGUAGUUCUGUCAUUUCUGGGAGAUCUUACUGCAUAGUGGAGAAGGAUGAAAAAAGUCAAGCAGGCUUUGAUGCUUGCAAGUACAAAAGGUAUUUUCAUUGCACGUGUUUUCUUUUUCCCUUUUCAGCAUAUCACAGAAUUGUAGGGACUGGAAGGAACCUCCAGAGAUCAUUGAGUCCGAUCCCCCUGCAAAGCAGGCCCUCUACAGCAGGCUGCACGGGAACAGCCAGUAUAGAAAUCAGUCUGAAAACCUGCAGAGAGAAUUUGGGGAAUGGUCGUCUCCUUUCAACAGCUACUGACUGAUAUACAGUUUUGAAGGUGUUUAAGCUCUGAAUACUUGCAAGAUCUCCAUACAUAGAAAUGUCUGGCUCAUACGAUGAUUCUGUUGGAGUAGAAGUUUCUAGUGAUAGCUUCUGGGAGGUUGGAAAUUACAAGCGGACAGUAAAGCGAAUUGAUGAUGGUCACAGACUUUGCAAUGAUCUCAUGAACUGUAUUCAUGAACGUGCACGAAUAGAGAAGGUCUAUGCUCAGCAACUUACAGAAUGGGCAAAAAGAUGGAAACAGCUUGUGGAAAAAGGCCCACAGUAUGGAACAGUAGAAAGGGCUUGGUGUGCUUUUAUGUCAGAAGCUGAAAAAGUGAGUGAACUACAUCUAGAAGUAAAAGGUUCACUGAUGAAUGAAGACUUUGAAAAAAUCAAGAACUGGCAGAAGGAAGCCUUUCAUAAGCAAAUGAUGGGAGGAUUUAAGGAAACCAAAGAAGCAGAAGAUGGAUUUAGGAAAGCUCAGAAACCCUGGGCAAAAAAGCUGAAAGAGGUGGAAGCUGCAAAGAAAGCAUACCAUGCAGCCUGUAAAGAGGAGAAACUGGCUAUAUCUAGAGAGACAAAUAGCAAAGCUGAUCCAGCGCUAAAUCCUGAACAACUCAAGAAAUUACAAGACAAAGUGGAGAGAAGCAAACAAGAUGUACUAAAGACAAAAGAAAAGUAUGAAAAAUCACUGAAAGAAUUAGAUAAUGCCACUCCUCAAUAUAUGGAAAACAUGGAGCAGGUAUUUGAACAGUGUCAGCAAUUUGAGGAAAAACGCUUACGUUUCUUUCGAGAAGUGUUACUGGAAGUUCAAAAACACCUUGACUUGUCUAAUGUUGCAAGUUACAAAAAUAUCUACCGUGAACUGGAGCAGAACAUCAAAACUGCAGAUGCUGUUGAAGACCUGCGGUGGUUCAGAGCUAAUCAAGGUCCAGGGAUGUCAAUGAAUUGGCCUCAGUUUGAGGAUGAUGAGUGGUCUGCAGAUCUGAACCGCACUCUCAGCAGAAGAGAAAAGAAGAAAGCUUCUGAUGGAGUGACUCUGACUGGUAUUAAUCAGACAGGAGAUCAAGUUUCACAGCCUAACAAACAUAGCAGCAGUCUUAGUGUCCAGAGUAACACAGUGCAGUCAGUACAAUCAAGUUACAAUCCCUUUGAAGAUGAAGAAGAUACUGGGAGUACUGUCAGUGAAAAGGAGGACAAUAAGAUCAAAAAUGUUAGCAGCUAUGAAAAAAAUCAAAGCUACCCUACAGAUUGGUCUGAUGAAGAGUCCAACAAUCCCUUUUCUUCCACUGAUGCAAAUGGAGACACCAAUCCAUUUGAUGAAGAUACUUCUCCUGCAAUGGAGGUGAGAGUGCGUGCACUCUAUGACUACGAGGGCCAAGAGCAAGAUGAACUCAGCUUUAAAGCAGGGGAUGAGUUAACUAAAAUGGAGAAUGAAGAUGAACAGGGUUGGUGCAAAGGACGUCUGGACAACGGACAAGUUGGUUUAUACCCAGCAAACUAUGUAGAACCAAUCCAGUGACAAAGGACAAAGCUAAUACAGAAGCGUUACAAAAGCUCUGCAGGCCUGUACAGUAUAUAUUUAAACCAAGAGGAAGCUGAAUGAUGUAUAGAGUGUAUAUAUUUUCACGAAAAGGAGAGAAAGCUCAAUACUGAAAUUGCAGUGAUUUCAAGACAGAGCAUAGAACUAAUUUCAUGUGGUUUUCACAACUUGUGCACAAUGCAAAUGAAAGGGGUUAGGUGGAAAAAGAAUAGUGAUAGGAAAAAUACUUUUUAAGCUUUUUCAUUCCACAUGGUCUGUUAUUGUGACUCUUAAACACUUUUGCAUUUUCUAUGCUUGUGCCUCAUCCUACCCGAGGUGUGUGGCUUAUGCUGACUUUUGUUUAAUCGGUUAUUUUAAGUGACCUUCAGUAACUUGCAACUUGAAUUUUUAAGAUUAUUCUAGUUGAUUUUCUAUUUGUUCUUAGCAAUGUCUGAAAGAUGCAGUAUUUUUUUAUUUAAAUGCUAUGUAGGUAAGCAUCUUUUUGUAUGCUUGAUCAUAUAAUACUUAAAUUAUGACAUAGAUUUAGUCAUCAGUUGACUGAAUGAAAACUCUUUCCAUGUUGUAGUGAUCUUUCAAUGUUGUCAGCAUGGCUCGAAGUUGUACAACAGAUAUUAUAUGUAAUAACUAUCUGUUACAGAAGGUUAUUUGUAGCAGAUAUCUGCAGGUGUCAUGGGUUGGGAUUCUGUUAUGAAUGUUGUUUAUAUGGUUUGGCACUUAAAUGAGUUUUCCUUGUAGACCUUAAGUAGCUCUCUAUUAAUAAUGAGAUAAAUCAUACAUAAGCCCCAGAAUACUAUCUAUUUCUGGCACAUGUGUGCAGGAAAAAAAAAAAAAUCCUCCUAACUGCUAAUGACUUUUUUUGUGAUUUGAAAUGUCAAAUCUGUGAAGACUGAUUUUUUUUUUUGAACAAAGAUUGUAAAAUAGACUAAAAUGCUUUUUAUUAAGAGGCUAUCUGUUGUGUAUAUGUACAUACAAUUUGAUAUUCCAAAAUAUAAAGAGCAUGGCUAUUAGUUAUCGAACCUUUUGAUGUGGAUAAGAUUUAGACUUUUAAGAGUUUAAAUUAUAGGUAUAUUUAAAUCUGCUUUCUUGCCAUAUUCAUGACUGUACCAUAGACAAAAUAUUCUGUGAUUAGGUUUUCAGAAGUACAGGACACACACUAACAUACUCAAAAUCUGUAAUGUGGAUAAAUUUGUGGGUCAACAUAUAAACUAGCCUUAGUCCUUACAUGGAUUACUGUAGCAGAACACUGUAAAAAAUACAUUUGUUUGCAAUUACAACUCGGUCGUCUGUAACAGUGCCAAAUAGUAUGCAUUUGUGACAUUUAAAACUGGGUUGUAAAUUACAGCAGAUUUGUGUUUUAAAGAAAAAAAUUUAAAAAAUCAAGUAUCAGGUGAGUAGAUAUGCUACUUUAGGAAGCUACACUGUAAUGAAGCUAACAAAUCUAUUUUGAGGUAACUAUUAAACACUGUUGGUAGUUUUGGAUUUUAUCGUUUGCUUUUCAGAUGUAUAGAUAUACUUAGUCAUAAUGUUCAAUGCGUUAAAAUGUGCAAGCUCUGAAAGUGGAUGUAUGUAUGUCUGUCAAGGAAAACUUAACAUAAUUAUUCAUUCACAAAAUGGUUACUAAAUCUGUCAGGAAUUACUGCCUUGGGUCUCCAUAUUGUAAUAUAUUUUAGAAAACAAUAAAAUCUGUUAAUCUCUUAAAUGCACAGAAUGCACUUCAUCUUGCCAUGUAUGUAAAAAUACUUUUGUAAAGCAAAUAGUACAUUUGAUUGCAAUUCAAGAUGACAAAAAUCUGUAUUAUCUAAAAAAGUCACAAGGAUGGGCACGCCAUCAGUCGCACUGUGCUGCCUAGGCAUAGCGCACAACAGCUCUUAGGCGCUGCAGCAAAAUGUUUGUGGAAGAAGAGGAGAUUCAUGCCUUGCUGUGGGUAUGCAAAAUGUACUACGAGGGUGCUUUCCAUGGUAUAGUCAAGUCAAGAUUGUAUGAACAACUAAGCUUUUUUUUUUUGUAAUAUCUGAGUCUCUUCUACCUUCUGUGAGAGAGGUGUUUUUGUUUUUUGCUUUUCUUCUUUGCUAACUGCUAGCGAUUAACAUAGUAGUGUUUGUGAUUGCUAGCCAGAAGUUUGAUCUUGUCUCUCGCAUCAAUACUUUUUAAUCUAAAUAAUCUAGUUCUUUAUGCUGGGUGUCAAAUUUAGUGAAGUAACCUUAGAUUCUAAGUGGAAGCAACCACAGCAGAUCUCUAGUCCAGUGGCUGAUCUAAAGUACGGUCAACUCCGCAUUCAGACUAUGUUGCUCAAGUCUUUGGAGCUGGUCUGGAAAGCUCCCAAAGGCUGAUUUCCUCACCUUUCCGUUCAAGCAGUUACAAUGCUUAAUUAUCAUUAUAAUGGUGUUCUUUCUCCCUUGGCUUUACUUGCAGUUGGAACCUGUCCUAUUGCAAGACACCACUGUGUCUUAUUCUGCUAUGCUUGAUGGAGCCUGGCUGGUGUCUUGGUAGCCUCCACAUUGCUGCUGGAAGGCUGCUCCUGGGACCCCCAGAAUCAUCUCUUCUCCAGGCUGAACAAGUUUUGUUUCCUCAGCCUCUCCUCGCAUAGCAAGUGUUCCACCCCCCCUAAUUUGUCAAGAGAGUCUUUUGGGGGGAAAAUAGUAGGGUAUUUUAUUAGGAAAUGUGUAAAGAUGAACGGUUCCUUAUGUAUAGUACAAAGCUAUAUUGAAAUUCUUCUUAAUUUGUCGCCUCUGAUGCUUUAAGAACUCAACACCAAAAUUUUAGCACAUUUUUUUUUUCCCCAGACUGCUAAUUUACUUGUAUCUAUAACUUUAUAUUGUAGCCUACAAAUUUGGUGUACAUAUAUAAGAUUGUAAAAGCAAAGAUACACUCUCAAUAUCAUGAGUGACAACACGGUUAUAUCUUGGUAUAACAAUCCAACCCAUUGCUAUUAUCUCUUGUUGAGAUGUCUGUGGAGUUGGCCUGACAUACUAAAACUGCUUUUGCCAUAGCUGACCUGGAUAUUUUUGUUCUGUUGUCUUUCUUCUAAUUAUAUCUUUAUACAUAAUACUCGCGAAGAAGAUCAAAGCAGGCUUAACAGUUGGCGAUAAGUAGAAACACUGAGUCUUCCAAGGGGAAACCACAGAUGAAGUGAUUGUGUACUAAUCUGAUAUGAUCUGGGUGAUUUUAAAGUAAAAUAGCUAUAUAUUAUUGUAAAACAAAGGAGAAAAGGAAGAAAAUGGGAGAUGAUGUAAUGAAGGAUGGAUGUCCAGCAGCAAUACCUCCUGUUCUCCUAGAGUCACAUCUAUUGUUUCUAAAAAUUAGCUCUGAGGUUACACAAUCAUGUUAUCAAUCUUUCUCCCACCUUUCUGGUUUGGCAGUUACUCAUUUACCUCAGAAUAUCAUAGAGAUUGCUAAUUGUGGUCAUUUGAAGGAAUCUACAGAGCCUGCUCCUGAUCUGUGAGAAUAAGAGUUAUUCCUGAUAACAUAGGAUACUUCUACCUACUCGUUUUGUUUGAAUUAUAAUGUAAAGAGCAAUUUCAGAGCGUAAGAAAGGUCAUGCGGUAAUUACUGCAGUAGAUAAUCACUUCAGUGUGUUUGACUUCUAACAGUUUACCUGCUGAUGGUAAGCAUAUAUCAUUUUCAGCCUGCUUUACUUCCUUUCUCCUGGUAGAAAUACAGAUUCCUAUGCGAUAUGAUGUUGAUCCUCUAGCACAAAGUUUCAAAAAUACCAUAGAGGGUUCUUGAACCCUCCAUUCAGAGAAUACUUCUGUACACCUGAAGUUUUACUGAGCACUGUCCACAUUUCAGAGGAUGUAACAACCUCUUCUCUGCAGAGAAGACUGAUGGUAGUAGGUUAGAUGAAAUCUGUGCCAGUAGCACAUUGUGGGUGCCUUGGGAAGAGCAAAGAAAAUAGGACAACGUGCAACGACGCUUCAGCCACAAUAUUUCAAGCUGCCAGUGAUCUGUUUCUUUUGUUCUGUGAAAUAAGAAAAGCUUAUUUUCAACAUUCCAUUCAUUGCUUUGUCAACAGCUGAACACCAAACUAUUGUUCAUGCAGAAGUAGAUGAAGUAGGUCAGAAAAGCGAUCCUGUAAUUAGUUCCAAAAAGACAACCAGCAGCACUCUCUUGUAGUAGCUAAUUGCGACCCCAUUUCAGAAGUGCAGACUGUAUUUUUAUUUUGCAUUUGACUCUGAAAUUUACUUGCUGCUUUAUUACCUGGUUAGUAUUAUACAAGGUAUUUCUACUGUUAGUUUUUACUUCUGUAAACGUAAGUAGUUCAGUAUCGAUAAACCACUACCUUUCUAUUUACUCUUUUCACAGAUAAACAUACAAUUUACAUGUUCGAGCAUGAGUCCUCUGGGCAACACACCGGUAACCUCCCACUGUUUGUUAUGGUAGUCAGUGUCUAAUUUAUGAAAUGACCAUUUCCUUAUUCCAUGGCAAUGUAUCUAGGUUUCUAUGAGGGACAUUAACAUUCUGAAAAUCCAAGUUACCUGUUACCUCAGCGAGGUCACCUCUCUGCAUGACCCAUGAAGCUUUAACCCAAUGAAGUAGCAACCGUAUUAAUUGUGAAGUAAUUGUGUAUUAUGGUGUAGAUAUUUCUAGAAACCUGAAGCAGAAGAUGCAGAAAUUUGAUUGCCCUGCCAAAGAUUAAAUGUUAUCAUCUGGCCAACGUAGGUAGGUUUUGCAGUGGGAUGCUGCUUCUAAAUGCAACUGUGCAAGUCUCUUGCAUUCCUAAUGCAAACAGGUUUACAGAAGCACAACUGAAUAUUGUCUAUGCAGUGGACUUGUCUGAAAAUUAUACUAUUGUAACUUUUUGGCUUUGUACUGGAUAAUACUGUUGAGAUGGACUACUUUCAAGAUUAGAAAGCUCCAAGAAACCUCACGUGUGUGAUGAAGUGGUUAUGCUUCUUGAUGUUAUCAGUACAAACAAUACAUUAUUACUAAAUAAAAGUAUAUUAUUGAUAUGUA